AUGUCUACUGAAUGGGUUUGUGAAACUUGCCUUGUGAAAAACGAGGCAAGUCACAAGUCGUGUGUAUGUUGUGGCACACGCAACCGCCUACUAGGGGGCGCAGAGGAGAACUCCUCAGCACACCUAGGCCAACAAGUUACAAACGAUAACAACUCGUUUGUAGAAGAUUCUCGUUCCUUUCUCGAUGAUGUUGAACAGUACAAAGUGGUAAACAGGAUAAGGAUGAAAUUCAACCGCGAGGAUCUGAAAAACACGUCACUGUUUAUGUCUGGCUCCGGAGAGAUGGAACAGAUACCAUACAUGUGUUUAGAUAGACACAUUCCAACGGGAUCAAACAAGGAGGAACCACUAUACGAAUGUUCUAUCCCAACGCCACUGAAAGAAAUGCCGCAGUCAAAAAUAAAAGCAGUGGAAUGCGGAGCACUUCACACAGCAGUGCUGACAUCAGCAGGUAAGGUUUACACAUACGGAUGCAACGACAUGGGAGCACUGGGACGCCUACCUCCAACGAAACACAUUGAUGAAACAAAAGAUCAUGAAGAAGAAUCGGACAAUGUAAAGGAUUUAUAUGAGACAAUCUCCUGGGAACGCGAACCGGGACAGGUGGAAACAAAUUUCAAAGUCAAGGCAAUAUCCUGCGGUGACAACCACACACUUAUGCUGACGCCCUCAGGGGAGGUGUACAUCACAGGAGGAUUCAAAGAUUCGUCAGGCACAAUCGGGAUCGCAGACUACGCGUCUACGGAAGAACUGAAGAAAGUGGAGUACUACUCAGUUCCAGUGAAAGUGCCAAUCACUGAACCCAUACAAAGCAUUGCCUCUGGCGAAAACCACUGCGUGUGCCUCGCACAAGGAGGAAAGAUAAUAUACACGUUUGGAAGCAACGAGUUCUCCCAACUGUUGAUGAGCAACGAAGAAGUGCAGAACCCGACCGAUAAAGAUGUCGAUGUGUCAGAAGUCGCAAACCUGAAGCUGCUGCUGACAUGGCCACAGCGCAGAACCGUUUCAGAGCUCCUGGCACCGCAAAGAGCCACUGCAGGAGAAGGGUCUCCAAAGCCAGGAGAGGAAAACGAAUCUCACGGAAGAACCAAUGGUCUGUCGAACAAAGGCACGGAGCAAUCCGACAAAACGCGCUCGUCCACAGAGAAGACGACGGAAAAUAAGAUUGUGCCGCCAUUGAGAAGAACCAGAGGAAACGAAAACACCAGAGAUUCGAAGGUUAAGCGCUCUGGAAAGAAGUCGGCGAAGAGAGGAAGAGACAGCACGGAAACAAUAACGCGCAUCUUCACAGGAAACUGCACAACGUUCUUUCAAACGAAGAACAUGAGGCUCUACGGAGCAGGAAGAAACGGCCAGGGAGAAGUAGGAGUGGGAAGAGAAGAACGCAUAAUUACGCACGCAACGGAGCUGGAGUUCUUCAGAGGAGUGGAAAUCACGCACUUGAGAGGAGGACAGUUUUUCACAGUCUCACUGGUGGAAAAACGCAUCUUCGUCUGGGGAAUGUCAUCUUACCUGGGCUUGCCGAAGGAGUACGACUCAAAAAACGGAAACCAACAAAUAGGUGCUCCCGACACAGGUAACGCAAAGACAGAGAAGGACGUGGAAAUGAGGGAACAAGAGGAUAUUCCACUGUUUGACGCAUCGGAAAUGUUGACCUUUACAAUAAAAAAGGAGGAUCCGAACAGCGAAAAGUCAGCCUCAGAAGAAAGGAUCAGCACGUUCGCGCCCAAAGAAGAGCACCAGGCACAGUUGAGGACUCCGAGCCCCGACGAAGAGACGAAGAUGGUAAGGCUUAAGAUCUGGUCGCCAAACCAGAAGCCGAACGAAGAAUCAAAGUACAUCGACGUACCCGAGUCGGUCUUCUACAAAAUCUGCAACGAAGAUAUCUCGAAAAUACCGCAGAAAAUUAAGGUAAAGUGCCCGGGGAAGUCCGAGCCUGUGGAGUUCAGAGGGAAGCGAUGCUUCUUUGAGGUCCCGAAGGGCUACAAAGUCCCGGAACACAGAAGUAUUAAGAUUGACCCAAAAACAAAGCAGCCUCUUAACCCGACUCCUGAGCAGAAGGAGUUAUUGAAAAUCUAUGAAUCACAGGAAGAAGAGGCCGGGUCAUUCAGGAAUCUCUCGGGACUAAUUUACCGCCCGUCAACAAUGCAGGCACUGAGUCCUGUCCAGUCACCAAAGCAGGUUCCAAGCCCUGCGCAGCCAACACUAGAGGUUUCGACACCUACACGCCAACCGAAGCAGGUCCUAACUCCUGCACAGCAAACAUUAGAGGUUUCAACACCUACAAAACUACCGGAACAGGCAUCAAACCCUGACUUUCACCAACCACAUCCAAUCACAGGUCAGGCACAAAACCCUGUUCAGACGACAGCACAGGCACAAAACCCUGGUCAUUUAAUAGAAAAGCCACAUGAGCAGGUAAACACACAGUCGCCACUACUUUUACAAAGUCCCUUUUACCAAGAGGUAAAAGAAGAUGAGCCUGGAGGUGGCCCAGGCAACGGCACAGUCCAGCAGCUGAGCGCCUCGGCUGCAAAGAUAAGGAAGGUGAAAGGGCAGAGGCUCAAAGUGGAGGAGGCGGAAGGAGUUGACAGACUGCUCAACUUCGACUACGCGAAGAGGUGCGACGAAGCGUUCGAAACGGGAAGGGCCACGGAGCCAAUUCUGCUUCCCAUGAGCCACCCCGUGGAGUCCAUCUUCACAGGCUCAGACGCGGCGUUCGCAAUCCUCGAGGACGACAGCCUCUACUCCUGGGGCUCUUCUCAGAACUACAUCUUGGGAAACGGCAAGGACCAGAACUUCGAAGAAACGCCCCAGCAGGUCCCGAGUGAAUUCUUCCCAGGGUUCAGGGUGAUCGGGGGAGCCGGAGGGUCGCAGCACACAGUUUUCCUGGCUGAGAAGGCGUAG